AUGGCCUCUAGCUACGUCAGAUCCCCCCGAAUCAUCGCCUUCUUUAUUGGUUUCUUCCUCCUCGUCUCCGUCUGCGCCGCCAACGCCGCGCCGGCGACGAACAACACGUUCCAGCCCGGCGAAGAGCUCGCGAAGCUAAAGAGGAUCAGAGCUCACCUCAGGCGGUUGAACAAGCCUUCGGCAAAGACAAUUCAGGUCUGUCCGCCGGAGUUCUCCAGCAUCCCCUCUCUUCCUUUUCUGUCGGGAAACAGAAGGCUGAGAAUAUUUCUGCAUUUUUUUGUAGAGCCCCGACGGAGAUCUGAUCGACUGCGUUCCAUCACAUCUCCAGCCCGCUUUUGACCACCCAGAGCUCAAGGGGCAGAAGCCUCUGGUAAGUAGGAAAUCUCCCUCCCCUCGUUCUUUCUCUCACCCCCCGUCCCUACUUCCUCUCUACCGCUCACUCUACAAGCUCCGUUUGUUGGAUGCUUCAACAACUUGUAUGAUCUCUGUCUUCCAGGAACCACCGGAGAGGCCUAAAGGCCCAGAACCGGCGGAUCCCGCCACCGUGGAGAGCUUACAGUUGUGGGCUGUUUCCGGCGAGUCUUGCCCGGAGGGGACGGUUCCCAUAAGGAGGACGACGGAGGCGGACAUGCUAAGAGCCAGCUCCCUCAGAGGAUUUGGGAGGAAGCCGGCGGCCAUGGUGCGGCGUGACUCUACCAGCGGCGGGCACGAGGUAAGUUCUAGAGGGAAAUGGAGGAGAAAUACAGCUCAGCUUGCUCAACGCUUCUCUAUCCAUGUGAUCAUCUUCUAUAUAUACCCUCUAUUUGCAGAACGAAGAAAUGUCUAGGAAUUCCUAAAGAUAGUCUUUGCGGACAUUCAAAUGAGAAGCGCCCAGAGGCACAAAUUUCUUCCAUCUUCUGUCCUGCGUAGCCAUAAGAGGAGAGGUACCGUGGGCUAUCUUCCAUGUGCGAGAACAGAAACCCCUUUGAGUUCCUGAAAGAUGUUCACUGUUCUUCCAGCUUUCUCAUCCCGAUCCGCCAUUGACUUUUCACUCCUGACCUCCCACAUCACACAAAUCCAGCUGCUUGCGCAAAGAACCUUUGUCCAACGGUCCAUACCCAUCAACUUCUCUCGUGCUGGGUCAUUUUAGAAGGCUUUCAGAAAGAACUUAUAAUUGAAGGGUGGUCGACUUUAGAGACCAUUCAAAACUUCUACCGUAUAGUCUUGUUCAUUAGAAAUCUAUACUGGAGCAUUUAAUAAACUCCCUCUUCAAAUAUAUUCUGCAAACUUUCAUCAUAUGUGCAUCGAGACUAACAAAUAAUUCACUUGGGUGCAGCAUGCAGUUGGAUAUGUGACGGGGGAGCAGUACUUCGGUGCGAAGGCCAGCUUGAAUGUGUGGGCGCCUAGGGUUACUACCCCUUCUGAGUUCAGCUUGUCUCAGAUUUGGGUGAUCUCUGGCUCCUUCGGCGGUGACCUCAACACCAUCGAAGCUGGUUGGCAGGUGAAUCUCUCUCUCUCUCUCUCUCUCUCUCUCUCUUCACAGCUUAUUAAUGAGGUCUUAACGUUCAUAUUUAUAUUUUUGAACGAGAGAAGUUCAAACUUUUAAUCCGAUCUUCAGCAUCAUAGCUUUUAUUCUGGUUGCAUGGUAUUUCUCAGGUCAGCCCUGAGUUAUAUGGCGACAACCGGCCGAGGUUCUUCACAUACUGGACGGUGAGGUUCCUUGUUCCUUUAUAUAUUAUCUUCCUCGUCGAUGAACUCCAAGUCAGUAUGGUGCGAUAUAACUCGACGAUAUGAUCAUAUCGUGCAGACCGACGCCUACCAAGCCACGGGAUGCUACAACCUGCUGUGCUCCGGCUUUGUCCAGACGAACAACCGGGUCGCCAUCGGCGCCGCCAUCUCCCCGUUGUCGGCCUUGAGCGGCAGGCAGUUCGACAUCAGCCUUCUCGUCUGGAAGGUAUUAACUACACCUCAUCGAACUUCCCCUAGAUGCUUCCCUCCCACGGAAACGCCCAGGAUGAGAGAGAGAGAGCUUACGUAGGAUUGGGAUCCGCUCCCCGCGGUCUGAGGGGGAAGAUAAUCUAAUGAGGACAAGUUUGAAUAGACGGAUGGGCAACGUGCUUCUCUCGGGAUUGGGUUAGAUCGGACGGAUGAGGAAACGAGUGCUAGCACGCCGGAACGCACUUUCCGAGUCGGUCGGCAGGCCGGACGGUGGGCACGGCGACUCAUCAUCCCCACGCCUACUCCGGUGAGCUAUUGCCGGCGGGGAAAAGAGAGUUCUCAUUCAUUGCUCUUGUUUUCAGGACCCGAAGCACGGGAACUGGUGGCUGGAGUUCGGGCCGGGGCUGCUCGUCGGAUACUGGCCAUCGUUCCUGUUCAGCCGGCUGGCGCAGCACGCCAGCAUGGUGCAGUUUGGUGGCGAGGUGGUGAACACGAAGGCCGCCGGCGGGCACACGGGGACACAGAUGGGCAGCGGCCACUUCGCCGGAGAGGGCUUCGGCAGGGCAGCGUAUUUCCGCAACCUGCAGGUGGUCGAUUGGGACAACAGCUUGGUUCCCCUGGGAAAUCUCCGGGUGCUGGCCGACCACCCUAAUUGCUACGACAUCAAGGGCGGAAUCAACAAGGGAUGGGGACAUUACUUCUACUAUGGAGGGCCAGGGAGGAACAUGAGAUGCUCUUAG